GGUUGCAAUGCAGAAAUCCUGGGCUUCAACUCAUAUGGUGUGGAUGGGGAGUCACGCUCCUGGUCAUGUAGGAUUCUGAAAGGCAACGGGUUAACUUUAAGUAGAAGAGCUGUGAUCUCUUGCCCUUUUUUGGGGGGGAAAGAAAUAUAAUUCAAUUAAAGCUGCAACGCGCUUGAGAAUGGAAAUGAAUGAUUAAGUGGAAAGACACAGCCAAUGAUUUUUUUUUUAGAGAGAAAGGUUUGGAGGAUGAAUAGAUUUGGGAAGCAACUGGAGAGGAGGUAAUAUGUACUAUUGCGGCUCCUCAGUCACGUCUGAUCAGGACUUAAACAAGAAAAUGCAGAUGUGGAUGCUACAGACGAUUGCAUUUGCUUUAACAUCCCUGGUUCUCUCGUGGGCAGAAACAAUAGAAUACUAUGGGGAGGUCUGUGAAAAUUCGUGCCCUUGUGAGGAGCGAGAUGGCAUAUUAACUGUAAAUUGUGAAAACAGAGGAAUCAUCAGCCUUUCUGAGAUUACCCCUCCACGAUUUUCUAUAUAUCAUCUCUUACUCUACGGGAACCUCUUAAAUCGCCUUUACCUAAACGAGUUUGUCAAUUACACCGGUGCUUCUAUAUUGCACCUUGGUAGCAACGACAUACAAGACAUUGAAAUCGGGGCUUUCAAUGGACUUCAGGGUCUAAAGAGACUGCACUUGAACAACAACAAGUUGGAAAUUCUUAAAAAUGACACGUUCUUUGGCCUAGAAAACCUGGAAUAUUUGCAAGUAGAUUAUAAUUUCAUAAACUCAAUAGAACCCAAUGCUUUUAGUAGGUUGCGUUCUUUGCAAGUAUUAAUAUUGAAUGACAACCUUUUAUCCACUUUGCCUCACAAUCUUUUUCGUUUUGUCCCUUUAACUCACUUAGACUUGAGAGGGAAUAGACUCAAGGUUCUUCCCUUCGUGGGUCUGUUGGAACACAUGGAUAAAGUGGUGGAACUUCAACUAGAAGAGAACCCAUGGAAUUGCUCUUGUGAAUUAAUUGCCCUAAAAGACUGGCUGUAUAGCAUAUCAUAUUCUGCUUUAGUGGGUGAUGUUGUCUGUGAAACUCCUUUUCGUUUAUACGGGAGAGAUCUAGAUGAAAUCUCCAAACAAGAAUUAUGUCCCAGAAAACUGAUUUCCGUAUAUGAGAUGCGACCUCAGAUUCCUCGGAGUACCAACGAGUACUUCCACACCACCCCAGCCUCAGUGAAUUCGGGUGCCACCAUCUCAUCUUCUGUUUACAAGAACCCUACAAAACCCAAAAGCACACGGCAGCCCAACAGAUACAGAGUGAGGACCACAUCACAUCAUCCUCCCAAAGAUACUGGAUACAGCAUAAGCAUAGCUUAUCAGACCAAAUCCCCGGUGCCUUUGGAGUGUCCUACAAACUGCACUUGCAACUUGCAGAUCUCCAAUCUGGGACUUAACGUGAACUGUCAGGAGAGGAAAAUCCAAAGCAUCUCCGAACUGCACCCCAAACCUUACAACCCCAAAAAGAUGUAUCUAACAGGAAACUAUAUCACUUCGGUUCGCAGAACUGAUUUCAUUGAUUCCACGGGAUUAGAUCUUCUUCAUCUUGGGAACAAUCGGAUAUCAAUCAUCCAACACAAAGCCUUUGGGGAUUUAACUAAUUUACGAAGACUAUACUUAAAUGGCAAUUCUAUUGAAAAGCUGACACCAGAGCUGUUUUAUGGGCUUCGGGGCCUCCAGUACCUAUUUUUACAAUCUAACAUUAUUAAGGAAAUCGAAACAGGAACAUUUGAUUCUGUUCCUAACCUCCAUCUUUUGUUUCUGAAUAAUAACCUUUUAAAAUAUUUGCCGGGGAACAUUUUUUCUGGAUUGAAUCUCUCCCGGCUAAAUCUCCGUAAUAACAAUUUCUCACACUUGACAGUGAGCGGUGUAUUAGACCAACUGAAGUCACUGGUACAGAUCGAUUUGCACGAAAACCCUUGGGAUUGUACGUGUGACGUUGUAGGGAUGAAAUUAUGGCUGGAACAACUUAGUGUUGGAGUACUGGUCGAUGACGUCAUCUGUAAAGCCCCCAAGAAAUUUGCCCAAAAAGAAAUGAGGUCUAUUAAAGCAGAUCUACUGUGCCCCGAUUACUCGGAUAUCAAUGUCCCCACAUCCCCACCCUCGGAGACGCAGCCCCCCGAGAGCACCACGACCUUAGUCUAUCCUAUAAAAUUUAACAACGUUUCGAGCACUGUGCCCUUGUCCGUGCUCAUACUGAGUCUGCUCUUGGUUUUCAUUAUGUCCGUGUUUGUGGCUGCAGGAUUGUUUGUCCUUGUGAUGAAAAGGAGGAAAAAGAACCAAAACGACCCAGCCAGUACAAACAACUCAGAUGUGAGCUCAUUCAACAUGCAAUACAGUGUUUACAGCAACAGACCCCUACCUAAGGUGAAGACACCUGCCGGUCACGUUUAUGAGUACAUCCCCCAUCCCCUGGGUCACAUGUGCAAGAACCCUAUAUAUAGAUCUAGGGAGGGCAAUUCCGUGGAUGAUUACAAAGAUCUUCAUGAACUUAAAGUCACCUACAGGAACCACUUAGAAGAAGAGAGGGAUAGUAGUCUCAGGAGUCCAAGCUACAGCGUUAGUACCAUUGAGCCCAGAGUGGAGCUUUCACCUGUACAAGACACCGAUCGUGUUUACCGAGGAAUUCUAGAGCCAGACAAAGGGCCAUCACCGGGAAAUAAUCUUGAUUAUAAGUAUAAUAACCCCCCUGCUUUCACUUUUGCCCCAAAAUAUGAAGCUAAGCGUCAGUUUUUGCAUCCGGACAGGUUAAGGGAAGCUGUGCUGUACAGCACACCCAGUACUGUGUAUGUGGAGCCUAAUAGAAACGAGUAUCUGGAACUAAAAGCAAAACUAAACGUUGAGCCGGAUUACCUCGAAGUGCUUGAAAAACAGACAACAUUUAGCCAGUUCUAGACUCGUGUCUACAGUAUUAUAUGUGAAACAAAGGACUAUACAACGAUUUUGUUGCUUCAACCUACGGAUGAAGUGCCUUGGCACAAGAUUUUCAGCUGCAGAAAAAAAUAUACUGAAAGGGUGUGCAAUUUUUUUUUGUUGUUUCCUUCUUUUUUUUGUAGGACAAUAUCCAUUGUUUAAACUGGGCACAACAAUUACUGUUUGCAAUCGUUCUUCUGUGGUCUGUUUCUGCAGCCUGAAAAUUAUUGAGUUGGAAUCACUCCCGGUGCUAGGAGGUAUCUAUGAAAAAAAAAACAUAUAUAUGCUAUAUAACCCUUCAGAAAAAGGGUGGGUCUAAAUGACUUUUAUGGUGUUUUAGAACCCCUUCUCCCUAAGUUUAAUAUUAAAGUCAAUUUUUACAGGCUGUAUUUGUAUGCUUUCUGGACAUUUGAAGUAAAAGCUAGAUUAUGUAUACAACUACCAUCCUUAUGCAUCACCAUAGAUGGUAGGAAACAAAAUUGCAAAGAGGCAUAAUUCAUAACUUGGUUAGUUAAAAAUAACUUAUUGUUGAAAUAUCAAAUAUUUUAAUGUAGCACCUAUUUUUAUAUGCGUAUUAGCAUUUAUUAUUUUUUUUUCACUAUUCCAGUCUUUGAUUUGCUCAAAUAUGUUGCACUACAUAAAAAUAAGUUGAUAUCCAGAGCAGAUAUGGGUUUUAAAAAUGUAAUCAUUAAGAAAACUGAUGAACAAAAUAAUAUAAAACAUAUCACUUGUUCAGGAAAAAUGACUUGGCUGACAUAGUAGAGAUAUAUAGUGAGAAUGUUUAAUCCUUAAUUGGGCUAUUCCUAGGCCUGGAUAGUGAGAGAUACAUAUUCUUGGAAGCAGAAGGAAAUUAUCUAUCAUUUCAUUAGUGAACCAAAUGUUAUUACUGGACUACUGUUGUAGCCAAUUUUAAGUGCACUGUAUAGAUCGGCUUGUGUCCUGUCAGCUGGUAGGUCUCAAAUUUGGAAUGUGCAAGCUUGGAAAGUCUCAUUGUUUCCUAGUUAUAUAUUUUAUUUUAUUAUAGUUGUUUUCAAGGAAAGUAGUGCAAUGAAACAUGUUUUCAACAUGUAAGCUUCAUUUAUAAAAUAACUAUACACAUUCAGUAUGCAUUUUAUAUUUGACAAAAAAUGAAAAUAUUAAAAAUAUAUAUAUACAUUGUUUAUGAGUACAGUAUGACAUGAGUACUCACACAGUCUUGUAUUCUUUAAUUCUUAAUGACACAUUUUAAUGUUAUGACCUUCAACUAUUAGACACUUCUCAUUGUUUAGGGAAUGCUGGCUUUCCGCAUUUUUUUUGUUAUCAACAUUAAAAUGCCAUAAGUCUUA